AUACAGACAAACCCAAAGCCACAGACAUUAAGUCUGUUGAUUCUGGCAUGAUUAAAGUGCUCUUCGAUCAGGAAACGGACUUAAGCACUGAAUUAGGGUUGCUGAAGACACAUUAAUCUGCUGUAAUGUGGAUCACACCCGAGGAGGUGUUGCUUGCUAACGCUCUUUGGGUUAGUGAAAGGGCGAAUCCGUUUUUCAUCCUACAGAGAAGAAAAGGACACGGAAAAGGAGGAGGAAUCACUGGUUUGUUGGUAGGUACUUUGGAUGUAGUGUUGGACUCCAGUGCUCGUGUGGCUCCAUACAGAAUUCUGCACCAGACUGGGGACAGUCAGAUCUUUUGGAGUAUCGCUUGUGGCUCUUCGCGUAAGGAGAUUACAGAGCACUGGGAGUGGCUGGAAACUAACCUGUUGCAGACGCUCUCCAUAUUUGACAACGAUGAAGACAUCACAACUUUCGUCAAGGGCAAGAUACAGGGCAUCAUUGCCGAGGAGAACAAGAGCCGGCAAACACAGGAAGAUGAAGACCCCGGAAAGUUCCGCGAGGCAGCGCUGAAGAUGAGGAAACUGUUUGGAAUGCCAGAGGAAGAGAAGCUGGUGAAUUAUUACUCGUGCUCUUACUGGAAGGGCAGAGUGCCACGACAGGGUUGGCUGUACCUCAGCGUCAAUCAUCUGUGCUUCUACUCCUUUCUCCUGGGGAAAGAAGUGACGUUGGUGAUUCAGUGGACGGACGUGACGCAGUUGGAUAAGAACGCCACGCUGGUGUUUCCGGAGAGUAUCCGCGUUAGCACGCGGGACACGGAACACUACUUCUCCAUGUUUCUCAACAUCAAUGACACCUUUAAGCUCAUGGAGCAGUUGGCUAACAUAGCCAUGCGUCAGCUUCUGGACAAUGAAGGCUUCGCCGCUGACCGCUCACUGCCCAAACCCGGCAAAACCCUGAAAAAUGUCUCAGCUCUCAAGAGGGAUCUGGAUGCGCGUGCGAAGAAUGAACGAUAUCGUGCGUUGUUCAGACUAACACAGGAUGAACGUUUAGACGGACACACAGACUGCACUCUGUGGACACCCUUUGCUAAGAUGCAUGUAGUCGGACAGAUGUUUGUCUCCAACAAUUACAUCUGCUUUGCCAGUCGAGAAGAGGACCUGUGUCAGCUGAUUAUACCCCUUAGAGAGGUGUCUAUCGUAGAGAAAGCUGACAGCAGCAGUGUUCUUCCUAGUCCUCUCUCCAUCAGUACGAAGAAUAAAAUGACUUUCCUGUUUGCUAACCUCAAAGACCGGGACUUCUUAGUUCAGCGCAUUUCUGACUUCCUUCAACGCACCCCUGACAACAAAGAGCCGUCCCUGAAUGGUCAAUCGGUAAGUCAGUCAACUCCAAGCCCUGGCACCCCAUCUCUGUCCCCCUCUCCCCCUUCACCAAUGGCAAAAGAGCCCCCCCAGGGUCAACACUACACCCCCGACCUCCCCACUGCUAAACAGGGCCUACUCCAAAUAUUCCAUAAAGACGCUCCAGAGGACCUAGGGCCCAAAGCGACCAAAGAGAAGAUGAAGGAGGAAUCGUGGAACAUUCACUUUUUUGAGUAUGGCCGUGGAGUGUGUAUGUACCGUACCUCUAAAACCAGAGAGCUGGUUUUGAAUGGUAUCCCAGAGAGUCUGAGAGGGGAACUCUGGCUACUCUUCUCAGGGGCUCUGAAUGAGAUGGCGACUCAUCCAGGUUAUUAUGCGGAGUUGGUGGAGCAGGCAAUGGGCAGGUGCACUCUGGCCACAGAAGAGAUAGAGAGGGAUCUCCAUCGCUCCAUGCCCGAACAUCACGCCUUUCAGAACGAGAUGGGCAUCGCCGCCCUGCGCAGAGUACUGACAGCUUAUGCCUACCGCAACCCCGGCAUAGGAUACUGCCAGGCCAUGAAUAUCGUGACAUCUGUGUUGCUGUUGUACUGUACUGAGGAGGAGGCUUUCUGGCUGCUGGUGGCUCUGUGUGAGAGAAUGCUCCCAGACUAUUACAAUACCAGGGUUGUAGGUGCUCUGGUGGAUCAGGGUGUGUUUGAGGAGUUGACCCGGGAGUGUUUGCCGUUGUUGUAUGAGCACAUGCAGGAGCUGGGGGUCAUAAGCACCAUCUCUCUGUCCUGGUUCCUGACUCUCUUCCUCAGUGUCAUGCCCUUUGAUAGUGCUGUACUGCUGGUGGACUGUUUCUUCUACGAGGGUAUUAAGGUCAUUUUCCAGGUCUCUCUGGCUGUGCUUCACGCCAACAUGGACCAGCUUCUCGCCUGCACCGAUGAGGGAGAGGCCAUGACCAUACUGGGCAGAUAUCUGGACAAUGUCGUUAACAAGCAGACUGUUUCUGCACCCAUUCCCCACCUUCAUGCUCUGCUGACCAAUGGGGAUGAGCCACCGCCUGAGAUUGAUGUGUUUGAGCUCAUUAAAGCAUCCUAUGAGAAGUUUGGUAGUCUGCGGGCUGAUGUCAUUGAGCAGAUGAGGUUUAAGCAGAGGUUAAAGGUCAUCCAAUCACUAGAGGACACAGCUAAACGCAGCGUGGUCAGAGCUAUCAUGACAGACUCUGCUUUCAGUAUUGAGGAACUGGAAGAACUCUACGUUCUUUUCAAGGCUAAGCAUAUAAUGGGCUGUUACUGGGGUUCCAGCACCUCGGCUGCAGAGCGUCACGAUCCCAGUUUGCCAUAUUUGGAGCAGUACCGCAUCGACCCGGCUCAGUUCUCUGAGCUCUUCUCCUCUCUGGCCCCCUGGAGCUGCGGACUCCACACACACACACUCGCCAUCAGGAUGUUCCGCCUGCUGGACCAAAACAAGGACGGACUCAUCAACUUCAAAGAAUUUGUCACAGGCCUGAGUGGGAUGUACCAUGGUGACAUGACAGAAAAACUGAAGCUGCUUUACAAACUACACCUACCCCCAGCGCUAUGUCCUGAGGAGGCAGAAUCUGCUCUUGAAGCCACACAGUUCUUCACAGACGAUGACACACCACCGGGUAUAAGAGAGGAGGUGAAAGAGGGGGGAGAUCCAGCGGCAAGUGGAGAUUCUGAGGAAAAAAAAGGUAUUACAAAUGUGAAGGAUUAUAAGUACUACCUGAGAAUGUGGGCCAAAGAGAAAGAACCCAAAAAGGAGACUAUCAAAGACCUCCCAAGGAUGAAUCAGGAGCAGUUCAUUGAGCUGUGUAAGACGCUGUACAACAUGUUUAGUGAGGACCCUCAAGAACAAGAACUUUAUCAUGCCAUCGCGACAGUUGCUAGUCUCCUUUUGCGUAUCGGAGAGGUAGGCAAGAAGUUCUCCAACAAUGGAGCCAAAAAAAGCGAACCCCAGUUACCCCUACCCCCUCCCGAUGACCCUCCUCAGGCAGAGAGAGAGGACUCGUCUGGAGAAGCCAGCUCAGGACAGUCCCUGAUCUCAAAGGCCUUGGCCGAGGCCCAGCUGGAGACCCCCCCACCGCCCUCAGGAGGCUCUGACGAAGAGGCCAAGGAUGACACAUCUGUGUCAUCUUACUCUGUAGUGAGCUCUGGUUCGUUGCAGUGCGAAGACAUUGCAGACGACACGGUUCUGAUCGGGUGUGGAAAGGUCGGGGGCGGAGACGAACGUAGGCGUGGCAGUGCUCCAGACGGUGAUUGGUCCAUCACGUUUGAGCAGAUCCUUGCAUCUCUGUUGACAGAGCAGCCACUGGUGGACUAUUUUGAGAAGAAAGGAGACAUCCGCAGCAAAAUGGCUGCGUGCAAGGCCCAGAGAGCUGUAGAGAGACAGUUCAGCUCGUCCAGCGAUCAUGAGCUAGCUCAGCUCUCCACUUGAGAGAACACGCCACACUUACAGUGAGUCAUCUGCACAGAUACAAGAUGGACAUGCGCCCACACUCCUGGUCCUACCAUCUCAGUCCACAAAUGGUCGCCUUUCCCCCCCCUUCAUCGACAUCAGACCACGUUGCGUGGUCCAAUACUGUGAUCAUUUGUUUCUGGUCUUCUCAAGUUGACCACUAGGUCAUGGUCUACUAAAGUGGUCAGCUGGAGUCAACCAGUAUGGAUUGCUUCACUGGUCAGUCAUGGAUCUCUCGUGACUCAACUUGGCCGGUGUGGUCUUGGUCCAUUUUAGUACGUUAAUGGUCUACGAGUAACCCAACCUGAUUGGUUAGUCAUGUUCCACUGUAGUAAUCUACUGGCUUUGUUCUCUUAACCAUCGUUAACUGUUAAUGUGUUUCACCAGAUUUGAUCACUGGACCACAGUUAAGUCGUGAUGCUUAGCCUGAGUCUGUGUAACUUCACAUUUGUGUUCGGUUUUAAGUUCACAAGGCAAGCUACAUGUAUAACCAUAUCUAUUAUGCUGUCUUAUCUAUUAAGAGAAGAAAACCAACACACUAAAUAGGCUACAUUAAUGCUUUGGAUAUCAACUUAGUUCACAUUAUACAGGUGGUCAGGCCUGAAUCUAUGGAGAUGUUCUGUCAGAGCUAAUCUGUAUUAUUGUGAAUCUUGCCAGUGUCUGUGAUAAUCUCAUUCAGGACAGUCUUUGGAAUCCUGGCAGCGUUAAAAAAAAAAAAGUGUCCUUUGUGUAAAUAGCGUUUUGAACCGGAGGUAGAAUUUUUGCACCACUCUUGGAGGUGUCCCCUCACUCUUCGUUCCCUAGACUGAAGCUCUUUGCACACACACUGAACUCUUAGCCAUGGAUAAAAGCCUUUAAAGUAUAGUGUAUGGUGUAACGUGUAGGAGUUUGUUUAUGUUGAUAUAAACAGCUGUCCCCUCUUAAAGUAGAGCGUCUUACAAAAAUGACCCAACUCUCAACUGAAGGCAUUAGCAUUAGCUUUGUUUGCUUUUGGAGGGUAGUUUACGAAAAUGAUCUCUGGCCAGUAAGCUGUUUG